AUGCAUUUUCAUGGCAUAGCAACGCAAGCCGUCCUAGCUUCCAAUAUAACCACUGGAUCCGGACGACAUGUCAGUCUGAGUGACGUGAAAUGGACUCUUUCUAGUUCGGCCCUCAAUAGCACAGUGCCGGCUUCUCUGCCUUCCCAAGCGCAUCUGGACUUGCUCAAUGCAGGCGUAAUUGACGAUCCCUAUUAUGGUUUGAAUGAGAUCGAUCUCCAAUGGAUUGCCCAGGCGAACUGGACAUAUACAAGUGAUCCUAUUCCUGAUCUGCUUGAAGAAUAUGAGUCUACUUGGCUGGUGUUCGAAGGCUUGGACACAUUCGCUACUGUCACCUUCUGCGGCCACAAUAUCGCCUCUACCAACAACCAGUUCCGACAGUAUGCCUUUGACGUUUCCUCAGCCCUGAAGGAGUGUACAGGAGGCCCCGUGGUCCGGAUCGAUUUUGCAAGCGCCCCUAACACUGUAGACGCAAUUGCGGCAGACCCGAAGACACCCGUAUGGCCUGUCCAACUGACUGCUCAGCUGCCCAACCGCUGGCUUAUGCGCAAGCAACAGUCCGAUUUUGGCUGGGAUUGGGGCCCUGCGUUUGCUCCUUGUGGACCAUGGAAACCGGCAUAUGUCGUCCAGCUUGAGAAAACAGCGCCUAUUCAUGUUUUGAAUACGGACCUCGAUAUUUACAGACAGGGGAAUAUCAAUCAUCUCCCGCCUGACCAGAAACAACCCUGGGUUGUCAAUGCUAGUAUUGAUUUUAUAGGUCGUCUUCCAGCGGAACCUCGACUCUUGAUCGAAAUCAAGGAGCUCGAAACUGGUGAUGUACUCGCGAGCCAAAUUUCCGACUCUGUUACCCUGAUUGGGACCUCGAUAACAGGAGUGACGACGCUCAAAGACGCAUCUCCUAAGCUAUGGUGGCCAUCAAGUCUUGGAGCUCAGAACCUCUACAACGUUACAAUAACCGUUUUCAAUAAAACGGAAGAGGUAGCACGCAUCACCAAGCGAACUGGGUUUCGGACUAUCUUUCUCAAUCAGCGCAAUAUCACAGCCACCCAGUUAUCCCAGGGCAUUGCGCCAGGCGCGAAUUGGCACUUUGAGGUCAAUGGGAAAGAGUUUUACGCGAAGGGCUCUAAUUUCAUUCCGCCUGACACAUUCUGGCCUCGAGUUACCAAGCAGAAGAUGACUCGGUUACUCGAUGCCGUGGUCGCCGGCAAUCAGAACAUGCUGCGGAUUUGGUCAUCAGGCGCGUACCUCCCAGAUUUUAUUUAUGACUUGGCCGAUGAGCGGGGAAUCUUGCUAUGGAGUGAGUUCCAAUUUAGUGACUCCAUGUACCCUGUGGAUGAAGAUUUCCUGGACAACGUUGCUCAGGAGGUAGUCUAUAACGUGCGGAGAGUGAAUCACCAUCCGUCACUUGCUUUAUGGGCCGGGGGAAACGAAAUCGAGAGUCUGAUGCUCCCACUAACUCGGGAGGCCGAUCCGGAUAACUAUCCGAAGUAUCUCGCCGAGUAUGAAAAGCUAUACAUCAGUCUCAUCCUACCGCUCGUGUAUGAGAAUACCCGCUCAAUAUCAUACUCCCCUAGCAGCACAACGGAAGGGUACCUAAGUGUCAAUCUUUCCGCCCCUGUCCCCAUGACUGAACGGUACGAGAACGAUGAACCGGGUGCAUACUACGGUGACACAGACUAUUACAACUACGACACGACCGUCUCAUUUGACUACUCGAUCUACCCGGUAGGACGCUUCGCCAACGAAUUCGGCUUUCAUAGCAUGCCUAGUCUCCAGACAUGGCAGCAAGUUGCCGACCCAGAAGACUUAUACUUCAACAGUACCACAGUCGUCAUUCACAACCGACAUUAUACAUCCGAAGGGUAUGGCCGAAUCGAAAACUCGUCUCGUGGCAUGGCGGAGAUGACGCUGGGUGUGGAACGCUACUACCCUAUCCCUGACAAUCCAGACUCGGUGGCAAACUUCAGUGCCUGGUGUCUCGCAACGCAACUUUUCCAGGCCGAUUUCUACAAGUCCCAAAUACAGUUCUACCGAAGGGGGAGCGGGAUGCCUGAGCGGCAGUUGGGGUCGCUCUAUUGGCAGCUGGAGGAUAUCUGGCAGGGACCGACGUGGGCUGGGAUUGAGUACGACGGUCGAUGGAAGGUUCUGCAUUAUGUUGCGCGAGAUGUCUAUCAGCCUAUUAUUGUUUCUCCGUUCUGGAACUACACUACGGGUGAUCUGGAGAUAUACGUUACCGCGGAUCUAUGGGAAAGUGCGGCUGGCACUGUGAAUCUAAAAUGGUUAAAUCUCUCUGGGGAGCAGAUUAUCGACAAUGCCGGCACACCCACAGAAAUUCCAUUUACUGUUGGAGCGAUAAACACAACAAAGGUCUACAGCACAAAUAUCCAUGACCUGAACCUACCAGACACAAGGGCCUCCAUCCUCACUCUUUCACUCUCCAGCCAAGCAAAUCUCCCAAAUGCUGCAGUCAAAACCUCGCUGACACACGAAAAUCACUUCACGCCAUCGUUCCCAAAAGACCUGGAACUGGUCAAUCCCGGUCUCGAGCUCUCAUACGACGCGCAUUCCGGAAUCUUCACAGUUGAAGCCAAAUCCGGUGUGUCACUUUAUACCUGGCUCGACUAUCCGGCUGGGCUGGUGGGUUACUUCACGGAGAACGCAUUCCUACUAGUCCCUGGGCAGAAGAAGAAGGUUCAGUUUGUGGUUCAGGAUGGGCCUAAGGAUCAGGACUGGGAGUGGCAGUCGGAAGUUACAGUUCGGAGUCUCUGGGAUCAGAAGAGCUCUACCUUCCUUUAUGCACUUCGAGUGGCUACGGGCAGACCAUAA